AUAUAAUUUAAAUAUGAACUAAGGAUCUACUGCUUUAAAUAUGAACAAGGAUCUACUGCUGUUCAGAUAGGCUUAGGACAGUGAGAAUUAACUUGUAACUUUCAGAUCAUAAAUCUGCAACUUUCAGAUCAUUGAGUAUGCAGUAACAAGAUUCUGGAAUUUGGCAGAAGGAGAGAUUUCAUCUGUUUUCUGGCUCGCAUGGAGGGUGAGAAACAUCUACAGCACUGGAACACAUUAAGGUGUUUUCUGUUGUGUUUUGCAGUCCUUAUUCUUACAACAGGGGUCAAUGCAGGAGUUAAGAAGAGCGGUGGACCAUGUGGGGGGAGAGACUGUAGUGGAGGGUGUCAGUGUUAUCCUGAGAAGGGUGCGAGGGGAUUGCCUGGACCCCUUGGUCCCCAGGGUCCCAGAGGCCCUAAUGGGCGACCAGGAGACCCUGGUCUCCAGGGCCCUAAAGGAGAGAAGGGGGACCCUGGCAGAGGAGGCCUUAUGGGUCCAAAAGGAAGUGUGGGAAUGCAAGGUGUUCCAGGGUUUAAUGGAGCAGAUGGUGUUCCGGGCCAUCCUGGGCCGUCUGGGCCUCGUGGAAAACCAGGAGCUGACAGUUGUAAUGGAACCAGGGGAGAAUCAGGAACGCCAGGCAUUCCGGGACAUAGUGGCGAACCUGGAAUAUCAGGUCGGCCAGGAAUGAAGGGGGAGAAGGGUGACCCUUUGGAUAUGUGGGUUUAUAUGGAAAGAUUCAGGGGAGAUCCAGGACCACCAGGUUCUCCAGGAUUUAUUGGACCAACUGGUAACCCAGGGUACAGAGGACUGCCAGGAUUUCAAGGUCCUUGGGGGCCUACUGGCAUCAAAGGUGUUAAAGGACAAAAGGGUGAAAGCACUAAAAUGUUAAAAGGAGUCAAAGGAGACAUGGGGGAGAAUGGAGAGCCAGGCCUACCAGGACCUUUCUCACAAACCCGUCCAGUCCCUUCAGAAUGGCAGGCAGGUAAAAAAGGCUUGAAAGGUUAUAAAGGAGAGCAAGGAGAUAUGGGAUAUUUAUCUACCAAAGGAGAGACUGGUGUGUCAGGGUUUCCAGGACAACGGGGAAACCCAGGCCUAAAUGGCUUGCCAGGACCUAAGGGUGACGAUGGACUACCAGGUUUCCCAGGAAAUAAUGGUCGCAAGGGAGAUAGAGGAGAACCCGGAGAGCUGAUUGGUCCUUUUGGAGUGGGUCCUCCAGGACCUCCGGGAGAGCGUGGCCCAAUUGGAGAGUAUGGUCCUAAGGGUACUAAAGGACUGCCGGGUCCUCCAGGACCCCCUCCCUCUGAGCAACAACCAGUGGAUUUGUUGGGUCCAGUGGGACCAGGUGGACCAAAGGGAGCCAAAGGUGAAGCUGGAGAACCGGGUAAUCCUGCCAUUCAUCCUGGGCCACCUGGCCCUGAUGGGCUUCCUGGAUAUCAAGGACCACCCGGACCCAAGGGAUCAUUGGAAGAAUUCUUCAAAGGAGCACCAGGACCACGUGGACGUCCAGGAAAUGCAGGAAAAAAAGGACCAAAGGGUGACCAUGGUCUGUGCGAAUGCACUGUACAAUCAACACCUGGUCCUGCGGGUCCUCCUGGUGAUGCUGGGGACAUUGGCAUGGUAGGAGAGUGGGGUCAGCUUGGUGAUCAGGGAGACCCGGGACCCAGAGGCGUGGAUGGUGUACCUGGUUUCCCUGGUGCAAGAGGAAUACCUGGACUCAAAGGCAGAAAAGGAGAGCUGAGAUCCGCUACACAGAAAGGACUACCUGGUGACCCUGGUGACUCAGGUGCUAAUGGGUUCCCAGGAGACGAAGGAAGGCCUGGAUUUGAUGGCAAAGAUGGUGAACCAGGUCUUCAAGGAUCUCCUGGAGAAGGUCCUGUAGGUGAACCUGGAGAGAAGGGAUACCCAGGUUGGCCAGGUCCUCCAGGUCUAAUAGGUCCGAUAGGACAACCAGGUCAAGUUCAUGGAGCAACUAAAGGUGCAACGGGCCUUCCUGGAGAUGAUGGACAAGUUGGUAUUGAUGGAAAACAAGGUUCACCUGGUGCUCCAGGAGAAUGUAGCCCACAAGGAGGAAAUCAGUGGAAUAUUCCAGUGGAAUGUAUUGGAGAUCCCGGGCCACCUGGAGAGAUAGGGCAGCCUGGACUUCCAGGAUUCAGUGGAUUUCCUGGACUGCAAGGUGCUAAAGGCAUACAAGGUCUUUCUGGAGAACAUGGGGCCAAAGGAGAGAAAGGUGAACGAGGAAGGGGAGGCCCGCCAGGGCCAAGAGGUUUUGUUGGACCUCGGGGUGACUUGGGAAAUCCUGGCUCUAAAGGCGUGGAAGGAACUUCAGGCCUUCCUGGUAAACUAGGUUUGGACGGUGCUCCAGGGCAAAAGGGUGAGCAUGGGGAAGUUUUAGGAGCAUCUUCUGGAGCCCCUGGAGACCCAGGACUACCAGGACAGAGGGGUGUCACUGGUCCUCCAGGAGACCCAGGACCUCAAGGACACCCCGGUAUGGAGGGAAUGCCGGGUAUGAUUGGCCUUAAGGGUGAAAGUGGCCCUCAAGGUUUUCUAGGAGAGACAGGAAGACCUGGACCGCCGGGAACAUUUGGCUUUCCUGGGCAGCCUGGUCAAGUAGGACCACCCGGACCACCUGGAAAAACCGGAGAACCAGGUCCAAGUGGAGAAAGGGGAGUUCAGGGAGUCCCAGGCCUUCCUGGGCCCAGAGGAGUAAAGGGUGUCACUGGAGAACCAGGAAAUGCAGGUCUUACAGGAAAUGUUGGGCCCCCAGGAGAUCCAGGACAACAGGGGGCAAUUGGUUUUGAUGGUUUUCCAGGGUUAAAAGGUUCCAAAGGUGGUCAGGGCAUGACGGGUUUCCCUGGAAUGCCUGGUGAGACAGGUCUGAAGGGCUUUUCGGGACAGAAAGGAGCAACAGGUUAUCCAGGAAGACAAGGUGCUAAAGGACCUCCUGGCCUUCCAGGUGAAAAAGGUGAGAGAGGGUUGAUGGGGCCUCCAGGUGAAAAGCCAAUCAUACAUAUACCACCAGCUAUGAGAGAGGUCAUGAAGGGAGCUAAAGGUGACCACGGAAAAAUGGGAGAUCCUGGCUUCACUGGUCCAAGAGGUACAAAAGGUCUACCAGGUGUUCCAGGAGAGGAGGGUAAAGAUGGACAUCCAGGUGAGCCCAGUGAAACAAAAGGUACUAGAGGUCUUCCCGGAGUAAAAGGACUUCCAGGGCCUAAGGGAAUGCCAGGGCUUUCAGGAAUUCGUGGAAUUGAGGGUUUUCCUGGAUUGCCUGGACCCCCGGGUGAAAAAGGCACGUCUGGUGCUUACGGACGGAUUGGAGAAUCUGGAAUCAAGGGAAUAAAAGGUGACUUGGGUCCUACCAUCAGUCUUCCUGGAUCAACUGGACUGAGAGGUGAAACUGGGUUUCCUGGACCUUUAGGUGGAAAGGGACUCACAGGUCAGUCUGGAGACAGAGGAAGUCCUGGUUUUGAUGGCAUUGAAGGGAUGAAAGGCUAUCCAGGAGAACCUGGAAAAGUUGGACCACCAGGUUCUGAUGGCCUACAAGGUUUUCCAGGAACCCAGGGUCAGAAGGGCUGGCCUGGCGUGCCUGGACAGGCAGGAACCCCUGGAAUCCAAGGCCAACCAGGACAAAAAGGAUUUCCUGGUCUUAAAGGCCUUUUUGGAUUGGAUGGCCUGAAAGGUCAAAAGGGUAUCAAGGGUGCUCCAGGUUCUGACAACUGGGGUCCUUCUGGUGAGCCAGGAGCAAAAGGAGAGAGAGGAGAGACCGGCAUCCCCAGCACAGAAGCUGGUGUCCCUGGAGAGGUGGGAUUCAAGGGUUUCAUUGGAGAUCCAGGUAAUAAGGGUGAAUCUGGGCAUCCAGGUGUACCGGGUCCUCAGGGUCCACAAGGAUUCUCUGAUAUAAAAGGAGUGCGAGGCGACUAUGGCUUUCCAGGCCCAAAAGGACUUCCAGGUUCUCCUGGUCUCAGAGGGAUCCCAGGUGACCCAUCUCCAUUCGGAGCAAAAGGAGAGAAUGGAAAUCCAGGUAAUUUCGGAUUGACUGGAGAAAAAGGAGUCCAGGGGGACUGGGGAGAAAAAGGACCGUCAGGGGAACCUGGAGUGUCAGGAAGAAAAGGUGAAAAAGGAGAAACAGGAAUGAUGGGAUAUCCAGGAAGGCAUGGUUUUACAGGUUACAGGGGCCCUGUUGGACCCAAAGGAGACACUGGACCCCCAGGUUUUCCUGGCUUUCCUGGUGCUAAAGGACUUCCACCAGUUCCACAGAAAUUACAAGGGGAGAGAGGACCACCUGGCCCAAUGGGUAUUCAAGGACCACAGGGACGGCUUGGAAACCCAGGCCUAGCUGGGCCUCCUGGUGAUCCAGGGGUUUUGGGCCCAAAUGGAGAAAAAGGCAUGCCAGGUCUCCCUGGAAUACCAGGAAAUCCAGGUUUUCGUGGAGAACCUGGACAAAUGGGCCACUAUGGUCUACAAGGCGAAGAAGGGACCCGAGGGAGCCCUGGUUUACCUGGUCCUAUUGGAACGCCCGGCCGCAGUGUUAAUGUUGGCUACCUGCUGGUGAAGCACAGUCAGUCUGAGCAGAUCCCCAUGUGCCCUGUGGGUAUGUCCAAGUUAUGGGAUGGUUACAGUCUUCUGUACUUCGAGGGACAGGAGAAGGCCCACAACCAAGACCUGGGUCUAGCCGGCUCAUGUCUCCCCCGUUUUAACACCAUGCCCUUCCUGUACUGCAAUCCUGGAGACGUAUGCUACUAUGCCAGCCGCAAUGACAAAUCCUACUGGCUGUCCACCACCGCACCAAUUCCCAUGAUGCCCGUGGAGGAGGCCGAAAUAAAACCAUACAUCAGCCGCUGCUCGGUGUGUGAAGCUCCAUCUGUGGCCAUCGCCAUACACAGUCAAGAUAUACAAAUCCCACAGUGCCCAGAAGGCUGGAGAAGUCUCUGGAUUGGCUACUCCUUCCUUAUGCACACGGCAGCUGGAGAUGAAGGUGGCGGUCAGUCUCUGGUGUCUCCGGGCUCCUGUCUAGAAGAUUUCAGCACCACUCCCUUCAUCGAGUGUAACGGGGCCAAGGGUACGUGUCACUACUUCGCCAACAAGCAAAGCUUCUGGUUGACGUCUAUCGAUCAGACCUUCCAGAGUUCUCCUUCCUCUGAGACACUGAAAGCCGGUCAGCUCCGGUCACGCAUCAGCCGCUGCCAAGUGUGUAUGAAGAACCUGUGAGCUGUAACCUAUGAACUUUCAGACUAUUGCAGCAGCAUUACAGUUAACACCAGCAGAGCGACCCACGCAAAUACUUCAUUCCAAAUGUCCAUCGGAUGUCAAGCGUCGCAAGUUAGGCUUUUGAAAUAACUUAAUGUAUUUAAUAUAACACAUAUGACUGCCUCAGAUUCCCUCUUCACCGCUACUGUGUGCCUAAUGACUGAAAAUAUGCACAUGUGCAUAAUGAGAAGCGAAGCCAGAGAUGCAUGAAAGCAUAUAGCUAUGAGAUUUCUCUGCAUUAUUUACUUUUAUAUAUAUAUAUGAAAUGGUGCUUAAUUUCUAACUUAUUACCUCAGCCUUAUUAGACCUGAAAUAAUAUUACCGAAACCAUACAGCCAUACUACACCAAAGAAUCCCAUGCUUCUUCGCCCUUCUGUGCUUUGUAGCGUCACUAUGUGAAUGUAGACCUGGGAAUCAAGAACUGGUUCUUAUUCAAAUCAAGCUCCAUUAUUUUUAAUGGCAGUAUCUUUUUACGCUAAAUGCAAAUAGCAAACUUUGUAUUUCCCCAUAGUACAGAUAGCACACCACUUCUACCUAGCAAACAGGGAAUGUUCUUGCAAGGUUCUCUCAGAGUCAUGAAAACUGUUCUUCUAGUAAUAUUACUAGUUUCAGAAUUCAAAAGUAACAUUCCCAUAAUGUUGGCAAACUGAUACAACGGAACGACACUAUUUAUCUCAACACAAGAGUAGUGUGUUCAUUGGGUAUUUGAUUUCCUAAAGGUCUUAAACUCUGAGACUUGAAGAUUUCUACUAGAGUUUUAUCCAGUCACGAGGCUCAGGAUUCUAGUUUGUUUGAGAUAAACCCUUUCUUGGUUUCACCAAUUGCACUAAUUUUCUUGGAGGUUUACAGGACACGUUCAGGUCUUGAGAAAACUCAAGUUCAGUCUUUGUCCCACUUUUACAUGCACAGCCAGACUAUAUAUUUUUGUAAACAAAGUCUAUAUCUAAUGACUUAACAAAUGUGGGUGCCCUAAUCGUCUUCCAGCUCUUGCAGACUUUGAGCAGAUUUGCCCAUUUUCAGUGCACACUGCUCACUCAUUAUUGUCCUGAAGCCCAUAAACCUCUUACGUGUAUUUGACAUCAGUAAAGAGAACCAAAAAAAGGUUAUAAUUUAAAACACUUUUUGCAUUGAAAGCAUGCCACUGCUUUUUUAACAAAUGUACUUUAAUUGUAAUUAUGUAGAAUGUUUGAAGUCCUUGAUUUUGAAUUGCAGUGUUAUGGAAUAAAAGAACAAUAAAUGCUUUUUGUUUGUUA